AUGUGUCCUAAUAGAGAUUUAUUUUCCACUUAUGAAUCUUAUAAUGGUGUAAUUGUUUUGAUGGACAAUAAUGCUACAAUUGUUUUGUUGGGAUCUACUGUCACAGGUUCGGCUGCAGUUUCCUCAUCAUCAUCUUUGUUUGAUUCUGACAUCACUGAAUUAGUACUGGGUCACUGGAAUUCUGUGAACAUUGUAUCUUUGAAAAGCAAAAAAGAGUUAGCUUCAGUUCUCCAGCAAUCCAUAAGACGCAAGAAACAGACAGGGAAACAGAUUAAACGGCUUAGAACAGAUAAUGACAUGAAAUUUUAUGAAAGAGAAUUUGAUGAAUUUUGCAAGAAUGAAGGAAUUGUUAGGCAUCACACUAUCAGGAUGACACCUCAGCAAAAUGGUAUGGCAGAACGUAUGAACAUAAUACUUUUGGAGAGAGCGAGGUGCAUGAUCUCUAAUGCAGGGUUGACAAAGACCUUUUGGGCAGAUGCGAUCUCUAUGGCUUAUUAUAUUGUCAAUCGUGCUCCUUCUGCUACUCUUAAUUUCAAAACUCCUGAGGAAGUGGAGAUUGAGAUUGGUAGUUCUAGUCCUUCUAUUCAACAAGUGUCAGUAGACGCAUCUGAAUCUACUGAUGAAAAUAAUUCAGAAGAGGAAAAAUAUUCCAUUGCCAGAGAUAGACCAAGGAGGGAUAUUCGACCACCACAAAGAUAUGCAAAUUUGGUUGCAUAUGCUUUGUCUGUUGUAGAAGAAACUGAUAUAGUUGGUGAGCCUACUACCUAUUCAGAGGCAGUUUCUUGUGAUGAUUCUGCUAAGUGGUUGAUUGCAAUGAAUAAAAAAAUUGAGUCUCUUCAUCGAAAUGGAACUUGGGUUCUUGUGAAGCUGCCUUUAGAUAAGAAAAUUGUUGGAAGAAAAUAG